UCACUGGACUGACCGACACUCAAAACAAUGGGAAAGUUCACGGAAUUCUGUAGAGAUCUAAGAAGGGGUGGAAAAAAAUCUAAAAUUUUACUAUUUGUCUAUCUGCGGAAGAUGUGAAAGAAAAACACCGUGAACACCACAAAGGUAGAGUAGCUAAAAAAAAAAAGGGCAACCUGGCAGUAAUGCAACAGUUUUGGAUGCAAGCUGCCGUUAAACUUGACUGAAGAAGAAGAAGAAGAAAAGGGCAACCUGGAUCACAUUUGUCCCUUUUCACUUUCCGUAGAAGUAGCUCGUUUCUCACAGGCGAUCCAUGCGACGUUUAGGGGAAUACAAAUCUUCAAUAUUUGUUUUUUUGCGCGUAGUGACAGCCGUUUAUUGCUCAGCCUUCUUCAUCACCUGACGCCUCUUCAAGAACAGAAAAGAUGGCAGACCAGGCCCCCUCAGUUGCCAUGGAGGCUGUCCUGAAGCCUAGCUGCGAUCUCCCCGAGGACAUGCCGAAAAUCAGAGGUUACGACUUCAACCAGGGAGUCGAUCUCCAUGCGGUGCUGAAGUCCUACCUCACCACGGGCUUCCAGGCCAGCAGCUUAGCCCUGGCUAUCCAGGAGAUCAACACCAUGAUCGAGAAGCGUCUUGAACCAGUGGAGGAAGGGGAAGGAAAUGAGUCGGAAACCCCAAAGUCAGGCUGCACCAUCUUCCUGGGGUACACCUCCAACCUCAUCAGCUCCGGAGUCAGAGAAAGCAUCCGCUAUUUGGCGCAGCACAAAAUGGUGGAUGUUAUUGUAACCACAGCAGGAGGCGUGGAGGAGGAUUUGAUCAAGUGCCUGGCUCACACCUACCUGGGAGACUUCAGCCUCCCUGGCAAGGAGCUCCGCCUGAGAGGCAUCAACAGAAUUGGUAAUCUGGUGGUGCCCAACGAUAACUACUGUAAAUUUGAAGACUGGCUGAUGCCCAUCCUGGACCAGAUGUUGCUGGAGCAGAACACAGAGGGCACCCGCUGGACUCCCUCCAAAAUGAUCCACCGACUUGGAAAGGAGAUAAAUAAUACAGAGUCUGUCUACUACUGGGCAUACAAGAAUAACAUCCCGGUGUUCAGCCCCGCUCUGACAGACGGCUCUCUGGGCGACAUGAUCUACUUCCACUCGUAUAAGAACCCCGGCUUGAUUCUGGACAUCGUAGAAGAUAUUCGCAGGUUGAACAGCCAGGCGGUUUUUGCCAAGAGGACUGGGAUGAUCAUCCUGGGAGGGGGGCUGGUCAAACAUCAUAUAUCCAAUGCAAAUCUUAUGGUAACUAAAUUCUUUUAUCUUUACUGCUUUAACAGUUACAGCCUGCAGUUACUUCACAGAUUCACUGUGAUUUUCUACCUAAAAGUGAUCAGCGGCUCUGUUCUUGGUUCUCAGGUGUACGCCGAUGCCUCUCUGGUCUUCCCUCUGAUUGUGGCCGAGACCUUCGCUCAACACGUCGACAAGCUGGCCGCCGGCAAGAAAAUGGAUUAAUUGGCUGCUUUGUUUAAAAACUACUGUCUUUGCUCCUCUGGUUUACGCCUUUUGUUUGUCAAAUUGAACACUUCAGCCUGAUCCUGGGUCAGCUUCAAGACCGUGUACUGUCAUACAUACAGUGCUGUAACUGAACGACUUAUUGAAUGGGAAACGGUGGUGAUGCUUUCCUGUUUUAAUGCUUUCCAGUAUUUACUUGUUUGAACAAGUACAGCAUUUCUAUUUCUUACUGUUCAGAAAGCUGAAAUGUCAUAGAUAUCAUGCUAAUGCAUGCACCAAAGAGACGAUUAUGUCUAUAAUGUAACUGGUUUUAGCGUGUGUGUGUGUGUGUGUGUGUGUGUGUGUGUGUGUAUAUAUAGUUUUAAUUUAUUUCAUUUUAGUUGUGGCAUCACACAUACACCGGUCGAUAAUUCUUAUUUUCUAUUAUAUUAAGCAAACCUUUACUUUCUCGUCAUGGUUACAGGAUGAAAGAUGUCCCUGUAUGUCUUAAUAAACCAUGAAAUCAUCA